AUGCUUUGGCGGACCAAGUCCCAUCACAGCCAGGCCGCUUCGGAGCAGGACCUCGCGCGCACGGCGUCAGCAUCGAAGAAUGACCCGUCCGCAUCGGCGACUCAGGCCGCGGGCACGGCAUGGUUGGCUGGCCAUUUGAACCAUUUGACGCCGGAGCAGGAGGAGAAAUUGGUUGAGUUUAAGGGUGUUUGUGCUGAGCGCAAGUAUUACACGCCCGCUGUGGAGGCGGCGGAGGGUGUUGAGGCUGUGCCGGCCAGUCACGAUGAUGCGACGAUGCUGCGCUUUUUGCGAGCUCGCAAGUUCGAUGUUGAGGGGGCGUGGGGUCAAUUCAGGGACACGGAGGAUUGGCGGAAGGAGAAUGCUAUUGAGGCGCUUUAUGCGAAUAUCGGUGUUGACUCGUACGAGGCUGCUCGACGGAUGUAUCCGCAAUGGACCGGUCGUCGCGAUCGCCGCGGUAUCCCCGUCUACGUCUUUGAAAUCCGCCAUUUGAACUCCAAGGAGAUGGCCGCUUACAAUAAUACCAUGAACACGGGUACACCCGAGACGCACAAGUCAUCGACUGUGCCCGCGCGACUACUGAAUUUGUUCGCCUUGUACGAGAACUUGUUGAACUUUGUUAUGCCGCUGUGCUCGGCUCUGGCGCGGCCAAACCCCGAAACUCCCAUCGUGACUUCGACCAAUAUCGUUGAUGUGAGCGGUGUCGGACUGAAGCAGUUCUGGAACUUGAAGGGCCACAUGCAGGAUGCUAGUGUGUUGGCGACGGCUCAUUAUCCCGAGACGUUGGAUCGUAUCUUUAUUAUCGGCGCACCUAGUUUCUUCCCUACCGUCUGGGGCUGGAUCAAGCGCUGGUUCGACCCAGUCACCACCUCGAAGAUCUUCAUCCUGUCCGCCGCGGAAGUCCAGCCCACUCUAACCUCCUUCAUGGACCCCACCAGCAUCCCCAAGCAGUACGGCGGCGAACUCGACUGGCAGUGGGGCGACAUGCCCAACCUGGAUGAGCCUGCCCGUGAACUCCUCCAGAACCUGGAGCAGCCUCUAGCAGAGGGUAAAGAGAAGAAGGAGAUUCUCAAGGGACCUAUCUUGUUUAAGGGUGAUAAGAUCGAGGUCCUGGGUACGGAGAAUGGCAAGGAGCGCCGGGAAAUUAUCCCCGUGCCGCAGGCUAAGGUCCCCGAGCAGGCGGUCGAGACUAAGAUUGAGACCAAUGGUAAUGGUACUGCCGAGCCUGUUAAGGAGACCACUGAGAAUGGAGACGUGGAGUCUACGACCGCCCCUGCUGCCGAGAACGAGAAGACUGGCCUGGAUAAUGUGGCGGUGAACGUCAACCAGGUCGCCGGCCAGGAGGGCCAGACCACGACUGCUGCUGCAUAG